GUCAAAUUGUGAUGAGUUAAAAGUGAAUCAAAACUUUUUUUAAUUCUUAUUUUACUUUAAAAUAUUUGAAAUGGUUCAAAAUUGGAGGCAUUUUUAAUAGGGAUGAUGAGCUAUAAAUUUAAUAUUUCUUUGUUUUUAAUAGUGUGUUGAUAAAAGUUUAAUGUAAAUAACUCUUUGGGGUUGGAAAUUCUUGCUAAUACUAAAUUGAAUCUGAAAAUAAGUUUUGAAAACAUUUUGCUUCAUAUCAUGCAGUGAUUCAAAUAUUUAGGAAUGAGUCUAAAGUAUAGCUUCAAUUGGUAUAGCUGGUUCAAAAAACCUGAAGAAAUCGAAAAACAAGUUGAUGGGAAACAUUUUCUAGACAAACAUAAUACUUUAGAUGAUUAUCCAUGGGAAAUCAAAGUACGUGAUAAAGAUAUUUUAAGGAGUUUGAAUAAGUAUGCUAGCAAAACAAGAAAAGAAAGAAAAACAAGUUUGCGAAAAUCAAAAACAAGUUUGAAAGUUAGGCGACGUAUAAGGCAUAAACAUUCUCAUCAUACCAUUCAACCAAAAAAAGACAAAUACAGCAAUAAAAAUUAUAAAAAUGAGCACGGUCGUUACAACCAAUCUAAAAAUUAUAAGCACUACAAAACAUCAAAAUUUAUAAAUGAGAGUGGAGAACAUGAGAAACGUAAACACUCAGGGGCUGGAGGAGAUAUGGCAACAGAAAAACAUCAUAAAAGGGAAAAGUAUUCUGACUUCAGGAAAAGUAUUAAAACAAAAGAUAUUGAUCAAAUUAGUAGAAGAGAGAAACAAUCUCAAAAUAGGGACAUACCACAAAUGAAAUCUAAAAAUACUCCAUUUAAAAAGGAAGAUAGGGAAGAAAAUAAAAACAGAAUAAAGCAUUCGUCUUUAGGAAACAAAAAUACAAACUUUAGGGCAAACAUUGAACAUUGUUUAUCAAGAGAAAAAAGUGAAGAAAUUACGCAAAACGUUAUCGACCUCACGACAUCUUUCCAAGAUGACGUAAAGCUUUCACUUGACAGUGUUGCUGGAAAAAACAUUCCAAGAACAGAGGAAGAACAUUUAAGAAAUUUUCUGCCUCAAAAAAAGUUGUGUUCCAAGUCUACUCGAACUUUUAGUAAGGGCAGAAAUUCUAAACAUAAGUCUGAAAAACAGAAUAAACCAGAAAUGUGUCUAUUUUCAAAAGUAUGGCCAUCUGACAAUUCAAAUGAGAAAAUUGCAAAGCAAAAUGGUCAUGUACCUGGCAACAAUAAUUCAUCAUCAGUUCUUUACAAUAAAUCAAGACCUCAUGAGAAAGGAACUCAAAAUAUGAAAAGAAGGUCAAGAACCACAUCCACUAAAAAUAUAGAUUCAAAAAAGAAGGAAACCGUCAAAAAUAAUCAUACCUUAUUAUUAAAAGAUGAAAACGGCAAGAACAAAACUAAGCAAGUUAUUGGUUCUCAAUCAAACAGUUAUAAAGAUAAUAGUAUUCAAAAAACGAAUACAUAUUUACCAAGUAGUUACAGAGGGGUUGAACGUGAUAUGGCUACAAAGGGCAGCGAUAAAUCAAAAAGAAACAACUCUAGAACCAGAUCCAAUGAGAAAGUAGCUUCUAUACAUGGCGGUAACAGUAAUGUUGUUGAUUCUAUAAAUUUCAUCUCAAUUUUGAAGGAAAUAAAAUCUUUGAAAGAUCAGUUAAAAAGUCUUAGUGAUGAUGAAGAUUUAAAAGAAAACUCACAGACCAUUAUAUCAAAGAGUUUGGAAAGUAAGAGGACACUUGAAUGUAUUGAAGAAGAAAUUGAUGAAAGUACAAAUACUGAGUUGAAGGUUCCAAUAAGUUGUAAUCUGCAAAAUGUGGUACCUUUGCAAACGGCCACCUGUGGAAAAGAGCCCCAACUACUUUCAAACAACAAAACAGUGGAAAAUUUUGUCAUAGAUUCAGCUCAAAAUGUAACUAUUGAUAAGAGUAUAGUAUCUCAUCGCAAUCAAGAUACCAUUCUCCAGGAUACACCUCAAUCACUGGCUCAUUCUGAAAAUAACAGUCAUGAUCAGCAAGCAAAUCCUGAAACUCCUUGUAAAACCAUUAAAACAGAUUCAAGUGAAAUAAAAAAUUUCUCCAUCUCUGAAUCUCCUGCAAAAUGUUUGUACAAUGAGCUCAUCGAACACGAUUGUAAUCAGUUUUUGAAUAGACGCAUAUUUUAUUUCAAAAGCUACAUACCAGCUUCGGAGAGGAAAAAUAAAAAAGAAGUUUUGAUGAAAAAGCGAUUGCUAUCUCGUUUGAGGACUUGCAGCAUUCCUAUCAAGAGAAAACUAGAUGCCUCCAGCUCAUCAAAUUUACGAAAAAUGAAAUGUAGCUCAUCGUCGAAAGAAGACAUUGUCUAUGAUAGACAAAUGCUAGAAGCACCUGCUUAUGAUUUCUCUCCAUUCUUGAAGCGUAGUAUUCCUUGCACUUCUUUUUUUGAUCAGAAUUCUUUCGGUAACCCAUUUUUUAGUGGCUCUGAGGUUUCAAGAUGCACUUCAAACUCUAUAGUUACUGGAGGAAAAGUAUGCAGCUAUAUGUGUAACAGUAUUGAUUUAGAUAGAAGGGCAAAGAGUGAGAGUAGUUUGAAAUAUUUAAAGAAACCGCAAUCUUCAACUUGUAAGCUUCAAGUUUUUGGAAGCCAUGCAACGAAUGAAGAAAGUAAUGCAAGAGUAAAGCAAAAAUCUCUCAAGCCGCUUGAUCGGCAAAAGAAAAAUGAGAAACGAUCAACUAAAAAAAACAAACAAAGAGCUAAGAAUAAAACAAUGAAAGCAAAACAAAAACAAAUGAUCGUGGACGAAACACCCAAAGUUGAUAAUGUGCUGAAAAUCGAAAACCUUUCUUCUCAUAGUAAUUCGGUUUGGAAAACAAUUUCUAUUGAAUUCAAUGACACCAGUUUGGAAAGUGAAAAUUUAUUAUCAGAAGAUAGAUUGCAGCUAAUGUUAUCUGAAAUUACUGAGUACUUGAAAACAAAAGCGGUCCAGUUGAACAAUUUUAAUGUAAAAGUUGUUAAUAAUAUAGACUCCAGUAAUGUUGUUAUUACAGAUGGAAAUAAUCAUAAUGUUGAUAUUGAUAAUGUUGUGGAAGACUUGAGUAUACCACAACAAACAUCUGAAGCUGUUGAAUCGGAGCCUGAAAUAAAACUGGAUGUAUGCUUAGAUGGAUUUGAAAUUGAUGAUGAGCGCAAUUCACCGAGUGAAAAAUCCUCACAAACCAGUACGAAUGAGUCCCUUACAAACUCAAACAUCAAUAUUCAAAAUCCCUAUUUUGAAAUUAUGAAACAAGGAAGAGAAAUACAACAAUUACAUGAAAAUAAUGAAGAAAACAAGAAACAAAUCGAAAAAAUCAGAGACACUUGUAGUAUAAAAUUUCCUUGGAUUGAGAAAGUGAUAUACCAAAUUCUAACUGAAUAUCAAAGAUUUCCAACAGAUUUUCCAACUAUGAGCAACUUUGAACAAGUAUGCUAUUUAAUAACAAAUCUCACGUUUCGAAAAUCACUUUCAAUUUCGAAAACUUGUCAUUUUAGACACCAACAAAUUGAAAAUGUCAAAGUUUUCUAUGCAAGUAAUAAUUCAAACUCAAAUGAGUUGAUCAGGAAGGAAAAAAUGAUUGAGUAUCAUACAGUGGAAAGCUAUGAUAAUAGUUCUAUCAAGCUUGCAAAAAAUAUUAAGAAGUCGAAAAUAUCCCAUUUUACCAAACAUGUAAGGAAGAUUUUCAGGGUAUUUGUAAUGAAAAAGAAACACUAGUCUGAAAGUUGAGUGUUUGAAAAUGUAGCAAAGAAUAGAGAAUAUUCUAGUUAGGCUAUCAAUCUACAUUUAGAAAGAUACUUGUCUAUUAUUUUCAUAUUUUUAUCCAAUGAAGAAUUUCCUAUCUCAGCCGAAGAUUAAUAUAUUGGUCUUCAAGUUUGUUUCAGUUGUCGUGUACUCAUUUUGAUUUUUAAACGUUUCGUUGACAAUAACUUACUCUAGCAUGAUAAAUAGACCUACUAGUACUAUAUUCCGAUUUCCGAUUGUAAAUAAAUUUUGAUUUCGAUGCAGAAAUUCAAUUAACUUGAAAUGCAAGAUUUCUCCUCCAAUUAGAAUGAUAGUUCCAAAUUUUAGGAAUCGCGUACAUAAUUGAUCAUCUAUUCAGUUUUCAGGAUAGGCUGUGAUGUGUUUUUAGAUAGUUCAAUCUAUUUUUUGAGGAAACUGAAAGAUGACUUGUGAUUUUUAAUAAAUGAACACUACUUGUUUU